UGAAGUAUGGAGUCCCGAGGGAAUAAGGAAAAGAAAGCUUUGACAAAGCUGAAAGGAAUGAAAAGAAGUGCACUUCAAACACAAACUCAAAUACUCUGCAUCUGGAGUCAUAGUACUACGCCAAAAGAAAUGAAUGGUGUGACGUAGACUAGAGGAAGUGCCGCCCCCGUUCAGCGACUAUCUUCAAACAGUGUUCAGUUUCAACAGUCCUAGCGUUGCUUCAAUGAACGCGCCUGUCUCGAUGUCAUUCGUUGGCGAUGACAGAGCACGCUUAAUUUCUGCACGAUCCGUGCCGCGCGUUGGAAAAACUGCAUCUUACCAAAGAGCGUGGAAAUAUACUUGGACAUUUUACAUACAGCAAAAGUGCUUCUUCGUGCGCUGACUUGGUUGCUAUUUUCUCUUCCGUCUUUUCUGGGACCUCGAAUGUCAGUGGAAUAAUUAGAAAUACAGCGUUUGCUUUAACUCUCUUCUUCGUCCUCGUAACGUCAACGACGUCGCGUUUUUUCCCCUCGCUAUUGGCUUGUGGUGGUUCACUGGAAUAUAAGCGCAGUGAGUCUGAGCUGUGAAGGGGCAUUCCUCGCGCCGAGCUUGGAUCUUGACCGCGCGCGCUGCAGCAACGGCCAAUCUAUCUGUCUAUCCAUCAUCAGGCGCGCGCUGGACAUGCAGGUUUGCAGACAGUUACAGCUAUAAAGUUAUUAUAACCAAUGAAUGUGAUACUCAGUUAUAUUAUUUUCCUCAAAAAUUGCAUUUCAAUGAGAGAAAUCACGUCAACGCGAUGUGAAUUUGAAUUUUUUCGGAGCCUUUCUCUGUGAGAGACUUUUUUUCCGUUACGAUGUACUUCGAAUAACCGACCAUUUACCGCGCGCGCUCGUUUUUGUCCUGUUUAGUAACGAUGGCCAACGAAAUUCGCUAUGACAAUCGGAAUAUUGUGGAGAAAUACCUCAAUCACAAACUUUUAAAGAGGGGAUAUGUAUGGAAACUUCCAUCUACAGGGGAAGAAGAUGACACCUUCAAUAAAGGAGUAGAGGACUCCUCUCCAAACUCUGACAGGAGGCUUCAGGCUCCCUCAGCCGGCGGGGGUAACAACUCUGAAUGCCUGAUAGCUCACCGGCUCACCCGUUCAGAACCUCAUUUGAGGCUCUACCGGGUGUUACGAGAGGCUGGAGACGAGAUAGAAAGGAUAUACCAGCGUGAAUUUGAGGAGAUGUCCCACCAGAUGUCAUUCAGUCCCAAUGUAGCGCAACGCAGCUUCUUAACCGUGGCUGAAGAGCUCUUUAGAGACGAGGUGAACUGGGGGCGGAUCGUGGCUUUCUUCGAGUUUGGUGGGACCAUGUGUGUGGAAAGCGUCAACCGGGAGAUGGCGUCCCAGGUAGAUAAUAUUGCACACUGGAUGACAGACUACCUGAACGGGCCUCUGGAAAACUGGAUCGAGGAAAAUGGAGGUUGGACCUUUUUACUUUGCACCUGGGCACUGUGGAAUAUAGAAACAAAGACAAAGGAGGAGGGCAACACAUGCUCAUGGAUGUUUGCCAGCAUAUAUGGUCCUAAUUCCUGGGUUAGGGCAUCUGUCUAGUGGACUCAGUGGCCCCUCACCCCCAAUGCAUUAGAUGAAUGGCCGGAUCAUUAUCUCCUCAGAGAUCUGUAUACCCCAAAAUGCAGAAACACUGUAGGAGAGCUCACUUGCUAAUGUACAUCAACAAAUACUCACUGUUUGGUGUGCGAAUUGCACUGAUCAAGCUCAUUGAUUAGUGAAAAUGUCAUUGUGAGUUUACUUGCAGUACUGCAGUCAGGACCUGUGGUGCCUCCUCUGGCUAUCAGAUCGAGGGUAAAAAUUGUCACUUGCUUGUUUACAAGAAGCUUUCUUCCUUCUGUAGAUUUGGAAUACUCUACCGGGCACACAAAUCGGAUUUAUUUUUCAGAGGAAAACAACUCGUUCCCCUCUCGAUCGCAACUGAUUCAACCUCCCACACAAAAGUUGUCAGCUAUGACAGUUGGCUCAUAGAAGCCCUUUGCAGUAAAUCCACAUCUGUGUGUCUGCCCCCUGAAAGAAGCCAUACACUCUCACAAACAUGUGACAUACGCUGUGCAAUAAAACACAGACAAAGGAUCAAGAAUGAUUAACAAAAUGGACUGCUCGCAAUGAGUUGUAGAUGCUGCAAACACAGAUUGAAAUCUUAUUGAUGAGACAGGUUUGUUUACCACAGAGCUUUUGCUGCUGGGGUCUUAAGAGUGUAUGUAUGCAGGUUAGAGUUUUGUUAAUGGAAUUAUAACAAGCUCAGAGUAUGUUAAGGGUUUCUUUCUUUCAUUCAUUCUGUCAUGCCUCUGGUGAUUUCAGUUUUCUGUAGUUUGUUUUUCGAGUUGACUUUAGAGGGUAUCCAUCGUUAAACCAAAGCCUUUAUUUAUUUAUCCAUUUUGUUAGAUUCACCCUCUCCUCAGGCUGCAGUUUUGAAGAAUUCACCCUGAUCUUCCUCACUGAACUGCAGGAGUUUUUUUAGCUCAGGGACUUGAUGUUGGACUAAAGACUUUGUUGGGGCACUCUUUUGUCUCUGUGCUUGUUUGGCAUAAGCGUGGCUCAGCAUGUCCAACAAUGCACUGCUCUUGUCUCCUCUUUUGUCUGGAGGGAACAAAAUUCUUGGUGGCUUUUAAGCUGUUCAGGGUUGAAGCCAAGUAUUUCCCCCUCUUGGUACCUCGGGGUCAGCCCUGUCCGUCGCUUGCCAUCUGCUUCUCGGUUUGCUUCAGGCAUUGCAGGCCCUGUUGAUCUCCUCCUUAUUCCCCAAAAACCAUUCCUACAACUCAUCCAGCACGAGCCAUCAUAAGUUUCAACAUGCUUUUCUUGUACAGUAUGUGUCCUCACUUAACUGCUCUCCCAGGGCAUUAAAAUGAGAAUGGCAGAUCUCUCACCUAUGUACUAGGGGUGGGACAAUAAAUUGAUUCAUCUCGAUUUGUGGAUUGAUUCCGAUGAGAUGAGAUUUUCAGAAUACGUUGCGAUUCUCUCUUGAAUCGAUUCUGAGCUUAGUUUUUAACAGCAGAUGGCACUCUAGGCGCUCUAGUUUUUAACCGCACACUCAAAUGCUCACGAAGAGGAGCGUACGCGUGUUCGGCUAUGUACUUGCAACUCAAACACCCUUGUAAUUCGCUUCAACCUUUUCGAACUUUAUGAAUGAUUAUUUUAAAGAAGGUUCAAGUGGUGCGUCUAAGGAAUUGGAAGCAAGCAGAGUACGGCUGCUUCUAAAAACACGCAGUGCCAUCUGCUGUUAAAAACUAAGCUCUGAGUCAAUCCAAGAGAGAAUCGCUAUGCAUUCGGAAAAUCUCAGGAUCGAUCCAGAAUCAUUUCUCGAUACACGAUGCAACGAUUUAUUGUCCCAGCCCAGUGUAACACUUGUUUUUCUCUCCUGACAAUUAAAAUGUCAUAAUUGGAUCUUCCAGUGAAAAGUGAAAAGAAACUUCUCAACGUCACAAUGUGGAAGAAAGUAUCUGCUGCUUCUUUAGUUUUAUUGUGACUUUUUUCACACAAAUGUCCUCUUAUUUCUGGUUUACAGAAUUGGGAGACAUUCACACAAUGCAUUUCCAAGGAACCCCUGCUGAAUGCUAAUAAGAUGUUAUUUCAAGAUAGCCCAAAGUUUGAGCAGUGCUGUUUCCAGAUAUGGCAGAAUCAAAGCUAAGAUAACUCAAACAGUAAUUAUGUAUUUUAGGUUCAUCUGACGCAGCUUGAAUUAUUCAUGUAAAUUGGGAAAGAGGCAGUCUUUGCCUGUUAACGUUAUACACAGCCUGCCUUUAAGUUUAAGACUCUCAUUAAGGCAUGUUGAUCUAGAUCUAGCUUGUUAAAUGCAGAGAAUUCUUUGUCCAGUGAGACUUUAUCCCCUGAGUUUGACUUUCUGUGGAUCUGGUUUGAAAACCCCUUUCCUAUUUCAUUCAGCAGAAUGGAAGUGAGGUCCCCAUGUAGUGUUAUUGCUUGAACAUGUGACUGUGAGCUGCAGCUCUGAAAGGCAUUAGCGCUGCCUCUCUCCACACUUGUCAGCAGAGAACCUGUGCUCAUUCAUUUUUGAUAGGGCGGGUAACCUCAACACUAAAUGUUCUUCCCUCACAACACACCCUAACAUAGAUUCAUUACAGUCCAGUCAGAUGUCAGGCAAGAGAUGAGGCAUCCUCUCUAGUCGUGCAAUGACAAAACAGACUUGCUGGGAAAAAAUAUGCAGAAAUUUACACAUAUAAAGACUUGUUUCCUAAGAUUAUUGUUCUACUGGCCUGCAUGAUUUAUCUUGCCAGCGGCUAGAUAAUAUUUAUUGCUGAUAUCUAAAAUCAAACAAACAAAUACCAUUUUUCACAGCAAAAAUGGAUAUGCAAUUAAAAGAGUUGUUGCACUGUUUCUAGUAGUGAAUCAUUCUGAGGUCUGAAAUCAUGCUGAUUUUGAUGCUCAAGAAACAUUUCAUUAAUGUUGAAAGAUUUUUUUUCAGGAUGCUUUGAUGGAUACAGAAUUCAAAAGAACAUCAUUUGAAGAACAGAAAUGUAAAUCUUUGUUAUAAAUGUCUGUAGUGUCACUUUUGAUCAAUUUAAUGUGCCUUGUUGAAUAAAAGUAUGAAAAAUCUAAUUGACCCCAAACAUUUAAAUGGUACUUUUGACAUCUCUACUAUCAGCAUAAUUCUAUUACAGUGGAGAAAAUUACACUGAGAGUACUCAAUGGUAAUUUAAUACACUGUAGUGAAUAACAACACUGAUACAUCCUCUUUGCAUUCAUACUCUUUUUACUGUCCCAUCUGUUCCAUUGAGCCUGGUCAUCCUGCUGCUGGGGGAAUUCCCUUGCUGACAGAGUGAUGUUUACUAGAAUUAGGGAUAGAACCAAUACAAAAAGACAUCAGUUUUCCACUUUGUCUUGCACACAACAUCAGUCCAGCCAUUCAAAAACUGUACUGUUAGUGGCAAAGAUCAGAACAGGAAGUGUGAGAUACAACCUAAUGGCUUGGAUGAGGAUGGGGUGUGUGUGGGUUAGUUAUGAGGAAGCCAAAAGCACAUUCCCAGCAGGCUGAACACAGCUGGGGAGCUGAAUGCUUGAACAGCAGAGCUUCGAGAGCCAACCAGCCAUCAGACGCAUGUUGUAAUUCCAGCCUUGUGAUUUCCCUGCAUGUUGACCACAUGUGGCUACAUUUCAAUAUGAGUUACAUCACUGUAACGAUUACUGGAAUUGAUUCCAAAGUCUGCAUGUGUUUAUUGUCAGCAACAGUGCAAAAAUGAAUCUACAAGUUUAAAAUUAUCUUUCUGUGGCCAAGGUGGGGAAGAAGACCCAAGAAGUCAUUCUAAAACAAGUAGCAAGAACAUCGAAAUCUGACUCUUCAGAGUUCUGAGAUGAGAAAGAAUGCCUUACUUUUUUACUCAAACUAUUCUCAGGUGGAAGUAUCAGAAGGGCUUUCAAAGUGUGUUCAGGUCUUGCUGAAUUAAUGAAGCAAGCCUUCUGGUGCGUUCGAGUUAUGAGUUGAGCCCUGAGUUUCUGAUGUAGGAUCUAUAUUAAUAGUAGAUUUGUUCAAAUGAAUUAGUUCUUCAUUCACAAUGACACCAUCUAAGUCAAAACACCAUUGUGUUAUACAAUUACAAUUUACUGCACCUUCAUAAAUGAAAUAAAAACAAAAACCAAUGCAAAAACCCCAGAUGCUCAUUCUUUAUGCAUCAUUAUGCAUCACAAAUCUGGUUGAAUUUUAUGUAGAAAAGGUUGCUUCAACCAAAGUGAUUUGAAAGCACCUGAUAAAGUCAUAAUUAUGACUUUAAAUACAAACUUUCCAGGAAGAGUUGAAUGCACCAGUAGUUUAGUGUGGCCAGAUAAGGAUUUGAAAUGUAAUGUUAGAGGCAGAGAGUUUGGUUUUGGGGCGGAGGAAGAUUCUAGCUUCUCUCACGGGUUGGGUCGGUCCUUUGAUGAUGGCAGAUGGGGACUGAAGCACCUUUCUGAUGGCGUAGAUGAAAGCGAGGAGAUCUGUCACUUUCCAGUGUAAUGGGGUGUAGUGGGAAGUCAUGUAGAAAACUCUCACACUCUCUAUACAGACUCUCACGUGGCUCACAUACUUUUCUCACGUUUUGUCCAAAUGGGAACAUGUGCACAUAUGUAUCUCAAACACACUGAGAUUCAUUGCACUUUGAAUGUAGCAUACUUAACCUGUAACUUUAAAACCAUUCCACUAGGGUUGAAUGCAUUGAAUCUACACAAGCCUUAGGUUUUAAGUAUGCCAAACAUGUAGGUGAAUGCUGCUGAGCUCAAAUGUGCCAGAUUUAUUGGCACCAGUGUGUUUUGAGAGGGUGUUCGGCACACAGUCAAUACUGAAGCAAUUUUCCCCAUUUUCUCACUGAUGGGAGAAAUUAGAUGUCUAGACAUGGUUCAUGGCUGCAAUAAUCAACUUGCGCAAACAGUGCAGGAAAUCCACCAAGCAGCUACAUCUUGUCACCCUCUGCUGAAACUGAAUGGUUCUCAUGCUUGUGCAAUUUCUGAAAUUUUUAAGGGGUUUAUUAAAAUCUGCUUUAAGAAAAAGAAGAAAAGACAAGCAUGCUGUUGGUUGCUAGGUAACAUAACAGCAUCGACUACAACGUUUAUGGUCGAUUUAUUUACAGCAGUUGAGGACUUCUUUGGUUCUUCCACUGUUAGCCCGAAGGCACAACUUCAAUUUAUACUUCAGUGAUUUGACUGGUUCAGUGGUGAGUCUAAACAGUGUUAUUGUUUUAAAUACUGUGUGAAAAAGAAGAGGAUGUGCGUCACAAUAUGGAAGAAAUGAUAAUUAAAUAACCAUCUGAUCAUGGACCAAAAGAAAUAGACAAGCAUCGAUUAAGUUUUCGUGCACUAUAUUCAAAGUCAUCUGAAGCCAUUCCUUAGCUUAAUGUGAGGGACAGAAGAAUAUUUACAUCGUUAAAUUAAAGUUCACGGAAACUCGUCUUCCCUCCGCUGUGGCUGUCAAUCAUUCAAACAGUGUGUCGCAUUCGGUUACAACAGUCAGCACGGUAAAACUUUCUCCGAUAUGAUAUAUUCCCAUUAUAAUACUUGAUCUGUAGAUAAAGAGCUGUGGAUUUGCUUAAAAUGUCUUCAUCUUGCUGGAGAUUAUUGCUGUUUCUAAAUGAGAUCGUACUCGCUACCGGGUGUCUGUCAUGUCAAUACAUGUUUAUUACAUUAUUAAUACAUGUCGCUUUAUUUCAGAGCAUUCACCACAGAAAAAAUAGACUUGUGCAGAAACGAUCGCUGCACUGCUGCAUACGCAUGGAACGCAUUGCCGGACAUGUUAACAUGGGCAUGGAAAACAUGUCCCAAAGCUUGCCUACUCUUCUAAACACUCAAAAGUGUGCACUUUUUCUUCACAAAAACAGUACAUACUUUUAGGGCAUAGUAUAAGUAGGCGAAUUGGGACGCAGCAUGUGUGAACCUGCCGUUAAUGCUCCAGUGGGUCUGUACCCAACAUUAUUGCCUAUGAUUGGAUUAUUUGAAACAUUCAUAUUCUAUAUAGAGUUUUCUUCUUCUCUAAAACAUUGUUAAUGCUUUGUUAAAGACAACAUGGUAAAACAUCAUAUCAAAGAGCCGUCUGGAAGACCACGCAAAUACACAGAAGUAAAGUCAUUCACACACAUACACCAACAGCGCUCCAAUGGAAGAAUGGGGGUUGGCACCAGGGACAGAGGUGGCAGAUGGGUGAUUUAGCAUGCAGGCAGCCUGCAGGGGGACCCUCCAUCUCCCCUUCUUCUGCAUGCUGAUCAGGAGGAGGAGCAGGAGGGCAAAGACUUGGGAACAGAGGGAGACGCAUAGCAACACACUCAAAGGCUCGACUGCCCCAUAUGACUGUUUGUCUACCAGCUCCUUUCUUCCUUCAGUCUUCUCGGAGGCUCGCGCUGUUGUUUGCUUUCUCACACAGCUGUUUGAUAUUUAGGGGUGAGACCCUGCGGGCCCGAUCUGUCGCGGCGCUGUGUGGUUUUCUUACUCUUGGGUUUCUUUAGAGACAGUUACAAAGUGUUAACAGAGAUAGCUAAUUGAUGACUGAAGUUCAGUGUUUCUUGCCUUGUUUAUAUGCCUAUGACUAAUGAUCUGGUGUCCUGUAAACAGUGAUGUCCUGCAGGCUGACUAGACAAAAGAACGAUGCUCGCUCAUUAACUAGGGAUCCAUGACGAGACACGAGGCUUCUAAAGCUGGCACUCGUGUGAUCCCGAAAGAGGAAACCACAGAGCGCAGACUCUGCCAUGAAAAUUUUGACCUCUGUCAUGUGGCUUCCAUUUUCAGACAGGAUUCACACACCCGCCUGACCGAUGCUGUAUUUCCUUCCAUUCAGCUCAAUAGUGGGAUCGUUGUCGCCGAAUGUGGGACUUUUGCCAGCUGAUUCAGUUUGGCCUCUGUCACGUUCUAAAGCACAAUGCCCUGGACGUAUCCGAGACCCACUCCAGUUCCUGUUCUGAAUAGGUCUCGUAUGAUGUAAUGCAUGCAGCAGGGCUGAUGUGUCAGUGGUGGGAAAGGAAGUCACUUGGGCUAAUGUAAUUAUUAACGGUAUGCUAUUUUAAAGUGACACUUCGUUAAAGUUAACCUGAAUGGAACACUUGUCCUGUUUAAGGAUGGAAAGCUUUUCCAUUUUAUCAUUAACCACAACAAGUUGUUGUGAUCAAAGUUUUACCCUUUUUUCCGUUCGAAAUCUUUGAGGUGCUCAUCACUCAUUAUGAAAGCAAGAGCGAACUCCCACAGCGUCUGUUCGGCAAUUUCAGUGUACAUUUCUAUGGUUUCAAAACUCGAUUUUUAGCCAAAUGAAAAAAGGACCAAAAUACUGUUUUGACGCGAAUGCAAAUGAAUGCAAAAGUACAAAAUCCCCCUUUCUGCAGCGCUCUCUCUGUUCUGUUUACCUAGUAGCUGAACAUUGAGAGAUUGAAAGUCCCCUUUUGGUAUUCCCCUGCAAAAGGAGAACAAAAUCAGAUAUCCAAACUAACUGUCAGGGUCUCAGCGGGGCACAUUUGAGCACUAAAAACAGUAAAUGAACGACUUCAGUCACGUUCAGUUUAACCUGCUUUUGUGUUGGAUGCUUUUAUUUUUAAAAUAUCCACGGAAUGAUCAUGUUUUGACUGAUAAAAGCAGUAACAUGCUGGAAACAAAGUUUCAUUUGUUUUAAAUAUUGGGUUUUAAAUGAUCUAAUAAAUGUUAAAUUAACAACACAGCUUCACCAAAAACCAGACAUUAAAGAGUGUUAAAUUAUGACUCUUAGAUACGCGAGUAAUGUUUUCUCAGAUCUUAGGAGUGUGGAAAAAUUGCCUGUAUAAAUACGUCUCCGCUUGUUAAGGAAAAUAGUUUGUUCCGUACCUUUAUCUUUGAUGUGGUCACCAGGCUUUUUGUGUUGGCGUAAAAACAUCUUUAUCAAGGAUUGCACUAACCAUCUCUAUCCGCACAACACCCAGAAACAGGGACUUUGUGUCAGAAAGUGUAAGUAAACACCUCCUUGUUCGGUUUGGUCUGAGAACUUUCUUGCUAAUUAGGCUUUCUGGCACCUGCAUAUCUCCAGAGAGAAUUGUAUCAAAGUUAGGGUGACACAAUUUUGUCAAUGUUUUGAUACGGUCCACAGGUGGGCCAUGGUGGCCUGAUUCCAACAGGGUCAGAACAGUGUCAAUGUAGUGACCUUAAAGUGCCCCUAUUAUAGAUUUCUAAAAAAAAUGACCUUUUACGCAGUGUGUAAUGUAGCUGUACGUGAAUGUAAACAGUCUGCAAAGUUGUAAAGCUGAAAGUGCAUCAUAAAUAAAGUUAUUGUCUCUCAAAAGAGUCGACUCCAAACCGCUUAAACGAGUCGUUUGUAAUUCGAAUCACAUUUUUGCGAAGUUCACACGUCACAAGUUAAAACAUUUGCAUAAUGACCGCCUACGUUCUGUGUGGACAUCCUGCGAAAACUUGAACCCCUCUCAAACGCUGUAGCUUGUUCGUGUGGAUAACAUGUCGACAAGACGCUGUGCUCUGCGCUGUGAAAGGAAAUUCGGUUUAUUUUCACUGCCAAAGGAUGAGGCUGUACAGAAUCAGUGGUUAAAGAAGGGGCAGUACCUAUUUGGACCAACUUGCUUCUCAGAAUCACAACUUGUUAGUAUGAUUAAUUAUUAAUGUAUAUAUUUUAUACCAAGUGUUCAAAAUACAUAGUUUUGUGUUUUAGCUAUAUUGUUUAUGUCUCUGGCUAACUCACGUUAUUACUGUCUUGCUGAAAUACUUCAGCUGAGGGACACUAUUAUCUAAAAAUGUGUCCAUUAUUGCAGAUUGUCUUUCGUUCUUUGAGUAAUGAUAAAGGAUGGAGAAAGAUUUGUUUUAUAAACUUUAAUGUUACGUCAGUCAUUCACGUUAGUGCUCAGCUAAUGUUAGCGCUGUUAUUGAUACUGUUAAUAAUACAGUUCCCACAUGUGCACCACAAUAAAUUAGAAAUAUACACAUCGGUCUGUUGAUGGACAAUCACUUGUUAAUGCUGAUGGUGAGGGAUUACAGUUGCAACAUCUCAUAAUGUACGUCAAACUGAGUAGCGUAUCACUGAGAAAAGUCCUGCUCAAGUCGUCCAUGCAAUGGAGGUUUGGGUUGAAUAACUAGUUCUUCCAAUAUUUCAUCAUCGGACUCGCGCUUGGAUUGAUAUGGUAAAAUCAACGCCAUCGUUUCUGUCUUUACAGUGUGUACAUCCGCUGAGCUUUAGGAAGCCCCCUUAGCUGUAAGCGGUAGAUUAAUCAGAACAGACUGGGCUGUCUGGCCAAUCAGAGCAGAGCAGGCUUGCGGAAAGGAGGGAUUUAGAGAGACUAAUUUAUCCGCCGAGUCGUUUAAGAAUCAUUGAAAAUGUGGUAAUAUAUAUUAUGAGAAAAUAAAAGUGUUUUUUGACCUUUGAUGCAUAUAAACCUGUUGUCGGAGACCUCCUAAACAGAAUUAGGAAUCUUUCAAAUAGCAUAAUAGGGGCACUUUAAAAGUGACUUUAACUUGUUUUAAAGUUGUGCAGUCUAAACGUCUCUCCUUCUAAGGAGGAUUUUUAAGCUCCUCUGCCCCUAAAAUGUUCCCCUACGUGAUUUCCACAAUAACAAAGCCAGAUUGUCUUACACCCACAUCAAUGCAUUCCUUUCAUUCCUGUCUUGGAGGCCAGGCUAAGAUCAGCUGAUAGAGAAAAAGAGAGGUUGUUGAACCUUUCCAACAGAGGACUAGGGGAAAAAGGGGUGGGAGGCGUCCGCGUGGGUGGUAGAUCUGUGUUGGAGGGGGUGUGGGUGUCGAGGGAAGCGGGUGGCAGAGGAAGAGAGAGCUGAUUAGAGAGCAAGUGGGGUAGAAGAAAGGGGGAGACGGAAAAGCACUUCCAGAAGGCCUCCAGCCCAUGAGCUAAUGCUGUAAAAAUCUUUCCUUUUUUCUGCUGUUUGCAGGACUGAGGUUGGGGGCGGGCUUUGCAUCUGAACCUCCCACGGUCAUCACCCACACUGUCUCUGUGGGCAGAUAUUUGACUUUCUCUGGUGUAUUGCUUCUCGUUCUUUAACGGUAUUUCUUUUUUACUGACUCUGUCUAUCCCAGAAGAACAUUUUAUUGGUUAAUAAGGCUGCUCUGUCAUAGCAUAAGAAUUUUUCUGCUCCGACAAUGUUUUCACUAGCAAUGAACUCAAAUAUUAUGCAAUUUUUGAAUUUGCAUGAUUUAAUAUUUUUAUAUUUCACAUUUUAAAAGGUUAAUUUUUAUAUGUUAUCAUUUUAUAUUUAUUUUAAAUAUAUUUACAUUUUCAUUAGAUUUAAAGUUUUCUUUACAAAGAAAUUUUGCAAUAGCUAGAAUUUUUUUUACUGUAAAUAAUGGCAUAUGUUACCCACCAAAAUUUUGGGGUAUUUUUUUUUUCUUUUUAAAGAAAUUAAUACUUUAUUCGGCAAGGACGCAUUAAAUUUUAUCAAAAAGUGACAGUAAAGACUGUUUCAACAUUGAUAAGAAUAAAAAAUGUUU